GUCCACACGUCCUCCUACGCUACUACAUCACACGCGCGCGAUUCGUUCACCGGACAAAAGCAGAGCAAUCUCCGUUGAAUUCCUAUGGCGCCGGCGCUGGCGCCCUGCCGCUCCGCCGCUUCGCUGCACGCCGCCCGGCUACUGCCGCAGCAGCGCACGCCCACCGCACCGCGGAUACUGUUGCCGGCGGGCGGCCUCUUGCUCCGCCCACAGCCACCGCUCCACCACCCGCAGCGCCGAUCCUCCUCUCGUCGUGACCUCCGCUGCCGCCGCCGCCUCCUCACAGCGCGGGGUGACUACGACUUCUACGAGAACUAUGCCGAUGAAGAAGGAGAUGAGGAGGAGGAGUCGGAAGUCAUAGGUGGGAGCUUCGACGCGGCGGUGGCGCUGUUCAACGGCGGCGAGUUCCACGCGUGCCACGACGUGGUGGAGGAGCUCUGGUACACCGCCGAGGAGCCCACCCGGACGCUGCUCCACGCCAUCCUCCAGUGCGCCGUCGCCUUCCACCACCUCUUCAACCAAAACCACCGUGGCGCCAUGAUGGAGCUCGGGGAAGGCCUCUGCAAGCUCCGCAAGCUGCGCCUCGACGACGACGACGACACCACGAGCCCCUUCUCCCGCUUCGAGGAGGAGGUCGCCGCGGCGCUCAACUUCAUCUACCGCACACAAAAGGAGCUCGCGGCGUGCACCGACGAUCUCUGCCUCACCAUGGAUGGCUCCGCGACCUCCUACCAGCUGCUUGGCAACUUCGCCGCUGGCCAGAAGCUGUACCGCCUUGAAACAGCAACUGGUGCAGAUGGAGAUGGAGAUGGCGUUCCAACCAUAAUCUUCUCUGCUUCUUCACGACUCGUCAGGGUGAAGCUCCCCACAUUGAGCGCUACGGAGCAACAUCUAGCAGCGCUUCAAUGUACAAGCGAGUAUAUUUAGUUUCUUUUUUUUUCUUUUCUGUAUCUAUCUACUUCCUCCAUUUCACAAUGUAAGUCAUUCUAGCAUUUUUUAUAUUCACAUUGAUAUUAAUAAAUCUAGAUAGAUAUAUAUGUCUAAAUUCAUUAACAUGAAUAUGAAUGUGGAAAAUGCUAGAAUGACUUAUAUUAUAAAACGGUAGUAGUAGAUAAAAAGUUUAUCUCUUCGGAUCCGCUUGGUACCAAAUUGUAGUUUUCUGUACUUGGGAAAUGAGGAAUGGAGUUAAAUGGACUGUAGUACCAUUGGUUUCCCUUUUCUUUCCCUUUAAUUUUUUAUGUACAUCCUCUUAAUAUACGAUGAUAUUACACUUAGCAUAA